AUGGACAGCGUCAGUGGUGCCACUACGGGCCCAUACAGCGGAAAGUCUGCUCUUCUACUUGGUGCUGGCUUCGUUACACGGCCAACCGUAGAAGUUCUUGCAAAGUCCGGUGUCAAAGUCACAGUCGCAUGCAGGACGCUUGAGAAGGCAAAGGCGCUUGCCAAGGGCAUUCCCAACACAUCGACCAUCAGCCUCGAUGUCAACAACGCUGAUGCUCUCGACGCGGAGGUCGCCAAAGUCGAUGUCGUUAUCAGUUUGAUCCCCUACACAUACCACGCGACAGUCAUCAAAUCUGCGAUCCGCAAGAAGAAGAACGUCGUCACAACCUCAUACGUGUCGCCUGCGAUGAUGGAGCUCGAUGCUGAGGCCAAGGCAGCUGGUAUCACGGUCAUGAACGAGAUCGGCGUUGACCCUGGUGUCGACCAUCUCUCCGCCGUUCUCACGAUCGACGAGGUACACAAGGCCGGUGGCAAGAUCUUGUCGUUCAAGUCCUUCUGUGGUGGUCUCCCAGCCCCCGAAAACUCAGACAACCCCCUUGGGUACAAGUUCUCGUGGAGUUCCCGUGGAGUGCUUUUGGCCCUGAGGAAUCAGGCCAAGUACUAUGAGGAUGGCAAGAUCAAGGAGGUCGAAGGCCCCGAACUGAUGGCUGAGGCCAAGCCAUACUUCAUUUACCCUGGUUACGCCUUUGUCGCAUACCCCAACCGCGACUCUACGCCAUACAAGGAGCGCUACAACAUCCCUGAGGCACAGACUAUCAUCCGUGGUACUCUUCGCUACCAGGGAUUCCCCGAGUACAUCAAGGCCCUUGUAGACAUUGGCUUCUUGUCGGAGGAACCCAAGGACUUCCUCAAGGAAGGCACCAAGAGCUCAUGGAGGGAUGCGACUGCCAAGAUCAUUGGUGCUACCAGCAGCAAGGACGAGGACAUUAUCUGGGCCAUCAGCUCACGCACCAAAUUCUCCAGCACCGAGGAAAAGGACCGCAUCAUCACCGGUCUGCGAUGGAUCGGCCUCAUUUCCGAUGAGGAGAUUAUCCCCCGUGGCAACCCGCUCGAUACCCUCUGCGCAACUUUGGAGAAGAAGAUGCAAUACGAGGAGGGCGAGCGUGACUUCCUCAUGCUGCAGCACAAGUUUGAGAUUGAGAACAAGGAUCGUAGCAGGGUGAUUCGCACAUCUACGCUUGCCGAGUACGGUGACCCCAAGGGCUACUCUGCCAUGGCUAAGCUGGUCGGUGUUCCCUGCGCCAUUGCUGUUCAGCAGGUUCUUGACGGCACUCUGAGCGAGAAGGGUAUCCUGGCUCCCAUGAGCCCGGAGAUUUGCAGACCGUUGAUGAAGACGCUGGAGGAGCAGUAUGGUGUGCGCUUCAGGGAGAAGACUGUCCCUGCGUAG